AUGAUGUCUAUAAAAGGAACUUAUAAUAUAAAAAUGAAAAUUGAAAUUCAGUCAUUUGUGAAUAACGGCAUCGUCAAUUUUUCAAAUUCCUUAGCACCCGAAAAAACAGUAAUUGACCCAGAAAACAUACUUCCCAAAACCGAGUGUUCAAAAGCAACAAAUAUAACGACUGAUCUCAUCACUUUUGGAAAAUCAUUUGAGAACAUUAUGUCCAAAGAAAUUUCAACGAAUUUGCAACCGUCGAAUUCUGUUCAUUUAGUUGAAAAUAUGCAAACAAUUGAUUUCAAUAAAUUCAACAGAUGGUCUUCUGUGUUUUAUUCAAGAAUGUCCGAAGAAUCACCACUGUCAAGUUUGUACGACAACUUACAGAAGAAGUUUGAGUUCAAAACAUGUCAAGUUGUGUUUGACUCAACGCGAACACCACUCUUCUCAAACAUAAUUUUUUCAUUAGUCACUGGAAGAGAAAAAGUGUUGGUUGUUGCCUUCUCACAAAAAAAUUGUAUUGCGUUGUACCAUCCACAACAAAUCAUUUCCGCGAAUAAUGCCGUGAACUCCGACUUCCGAAUUGCUUUUGGCGAUUCGACUUCGUUGUCAGAAAAGUUUGGUCCAAACUCAACUGCACUCAGAGAUAAUAAACUUGGUACAACGUGGUUCAACAACGGAAAUAUUCUCAUUAAAAUAGGCGACGUUUUUGAACUCACUGAGUCGAAAGGAUGUCGUUUUACGUCGUUCAACGACUUGGUAGUUCCACAACAAAACAUUGAUUUUGCUUUUGCAGCUGAUAAGAUUGUAAUUGUUCAGUGCUUAGAUUAUUUUGAUUUAGUUCACUUGGUUAUAAAUUGUUCUAUUCUCAUUGAAUUUAUGUGGUAA